UGGAUUCUGAUAAGUUCUAAAGUUGAAUUAACGCAAGAAGGGGAAGCAGUAAGGUUGAUAUGACUGAGGUAGAUAGUUCCGUAUUGUUGUGUUGGCUCAAAGACUUCAGACAAGAACCUUAAGGAGCUACAGGUUUGAACAAUAAGGGGCAUGUUUUGUACCGCCGUGAACACCCUUUUUUGACUCCUCAUCAUACCAGGUACCUUACUCGUAAGAUGUCCGUAUGUCCAGAAAUGUGAGAACAUAUUUCAAGUUCAUUUUGGCUACUGGGAUUUGAACAAGUUCUUAAGUUUGGGAGAGCAACUAAAAGAGAACCUGGAGAAAGAAAUAAAGUGUACUGGAGCUAUUAAAGAACCAAGUCUCUUGACUUGUGUAGAUGGUUAAGGAAGGAACCAGGAAUUGAAGUUUUUAAUUAGAUUGGAGAAGCAUUUGACCAUCUAGCUAAUGAGUUGAGACUAGUUAUUUUUAAGGUAGAAACAAAUUUGAGUCUCAUAACCCAUGUUUGCUUGAUAAGGAGCUGCAAAAUCCAAGCCUGUACCUAGGGGUGACUGGGUGUCAAAUGGAUGGUUUGGACUAAAGUUGGACGGAUUAAAAUGGAUUGAAUUAGUAAAAGAAUUGGGUCAUAACCCGCCUAAAGUUUUGCUCGGGUCAAAGAUGGGCAGGCUCUGGGUGCAUUUUUCUAUCUUGUGCUUUGUCUCGUGUUAUGGAAUGUACCUACUUUACAAGGAGUACAGUAACAUCUUUUGCAGAAGGAUUCAGCAGAUAUGCAAUAGAAGGGGUGAACCUGAUCAAUUCACCAUUCUGGUUCGAGAAAUUCCACUUUGCAAUGAGCACAAAACUCGUGGAUGCAACAUAGACCACUUCUUUUCCAAACAUCAUCCUUACUCAUAUCAGUCUUCUCAAAUUUUAUAUGAUGGGAAGCAUCUGGAUAAUCUACUAUGCCAGGCAAGGUCUCUCACCAAAAAGAUUGAGGACCUGAGGCAUCUUUCUUCUACUAAGAAACAUAGUAGAAAAUCAUCUGUAUCUGAUGCGUGGAAAUAUGAUGCUAAAAUAGAGCAGCUGGAGGACAUGCUUCAAACCCUUGGUCGUGAAAUAAGGCGUAUACAGUGCAGAAUGACGAUUGAGCAGAAGGAAUUGCCAGUGGCUUUUGUUACAUUUAGUUCACGAUGGGGCGCUGUUCUAGCUGCCCAAUCUCAACAGCACACAAAUCCACUCCUCUGGAUCACUCAAGCGGCUCCAGAACCGAGAGAUGUGAUCUGGCAAAAUUUGGCAAUCCAAUAUCGUCAUUUGCCACUGUACAAGAUAGUGAUAGUUGUUGCAGCAUCACUUCUUACCAUCUUCUUCGUGUUACCAGUGACAGCUGUUCAGGGAAUUGCCAAAUAUGAUCGACUGAAGAAAUGGUUUCCCCCUGCCAUGGCUGUGGACUUGAUACCGGGGUUAAGGUCCAUUGUCACUGGAUAUCUUCCUAGUGCCAUUCUUAAUGGUUUCAUCUACAUUGUUCCGUUUGCCAUGAUUGGCCUAGCAAGAUUAGCCGGUUAUAUCUCGCGGAGUAAGAAGGAUAUAAACGCAUGCAACAUGGUGUUCUACUUCCUGGUAGGGAACGUGUUCUUUUUAAGCUUGUUGUCGGGAUCUUUACUGGAUCAAAUCGGUGAAUCUUUCUUUCAUCCCAAGGAUAUUCCCAACCGUCUUGCUAGUGCUGUCUCUGCUCAGGCAGAUUUCUUCGUUACGUACAUCUUGACAAAUGGGCUGGCAGGAUUCUCUUUGGAGAUGCUUCAGCCAGGAUUACUCCUAUGGGAUACUCUAAAAUCUUACACUUGGGACUGUGGAAAGAAGAAAUCUCCUUAUGUUUAUUCAUUACCUUAUUAUAGAAUAAUCCCUUUUGUUGGUCUCAUCAUGCUGAUUGGGAUUGUUUACGCGGUGGUCUCACCUUUGCUUCUUCCAUUUAUAGUAGGCUACUUUCUGCUUGGAUAUGCGGUGUUCAUCAACCAGAUUGAAGAUGUGUAUAUAACUACAUACGAGACAUGUGGUCUGUAUUGGCCAUACAUUCAUCACUAUAUUAUAGUUGCAAUCAUACUUAUGCAAGUCACAAUGAUCGGUCUUUUUGGACUGAAAGCCAAGCCUUCAGCUUCCUUCUCCGUUAUCCCUCUCCUGGUCGUCACUAUUCUGUUUAACGAAUAUUGCAAGAUUCGGUUUCUUCCGACUUUCAAGCAAGCCUCAAUUCAGGAUGCAAAAAACAAUGAUGAACUUGACAAGAAGGAUGGACUGAUGGAGGAGAAUGUACGGAAGGCUCUCGAUGCUUAUUCUCCUCCAUGUUUGCGGCCCUUGGACCUUGGGCUGGAAGGAACGAGCUCUAUAAAGCCAUUUCUAUCUCCAGCAUAGAACAUGUUCUCUUCUCUAUUUUCCUCCCAGGUUGCCCAUACUCAUGUCUGACAUUUUAAUUAUGAGUACACCACCAGAAAGUAGCCGAAGAUUAUCUAUUGUUGAUCGAAACACAGUAGAGCUGAUCUGCCCACUGUCAUGUGUACCAAACUUGGAUAGUGCAGUUUUAUUGACAAUGCUCAUCAUUGUUUAGGCCAUUUUAGAUUUUUUUUUUUUUUUUUCCUGCUGGGGACUGAGUUACCACACGCUGGAAAAUAGCCUCAAGCAAUAAAAAUCGUUUAUUCAUGUAUGCGUGUUCUAAUUAUGACGAAUAUUAGGGUUUGAUGCAUGCUGUAUAGUUAGUAUGACGACGUAAUACACUUUUCAGGUAUAUAUUUCUGUGAUGAAAUUAUCUUUUCC